GUUGUUGCAGAAGCGAAUUUCCAUUGACGUGAGUGAAACAUCCGUGUCAAAUGUCAGGGAACAGUGUUGACUUGAUAACCGGAGGAAAACAUCUUCUUGAGCUUCUGUAAUUUGCACGUGGGACACCAGCGGUGCGCGGGUGCGGUUUCUCUCUCUCUAGGCGGUCCAGGUGUUCACGGGCCGGUCCCAGCACGUCCGGCCUGCCGCAUGCACACGCUGCGGACCGUGUGGAUCACUUCCACGUGGGUUUCCCAGACUCAGGAACAAGGGAGGUCUUUAGUGGCUGUGUGGAGUCAAACAAACUAUACGAAAGCGCAAAUCCCCCACCCCCAUUGGUUUGCAGGCUAUUAAACGUCAUCUCUUUUAAGAGGAUACGAAGCAUCAAGUGUGGGUGUCAGCAAACGCCAAAGUGUCACAUCUUGCCCUGCUCACUGCCACUGUUGCAAACACGUUCACGUUAUUCUGGUUGUGACUAGCAGUCAUGGACAGUAUAAAAGAGGGAUGGUUCACGGAGAAAUGUACACUGUGGCCGGGACAAGCGAUGAGUCUCCAGGUGGAAGAGCUCCUGUACCACCAGAAAUCUAAAUUUCAAGAUGUUAUGGUUUUUAAGAGUAAAACCUAUGGGAACGUCCUGGUGCUGGAUGGAGUUAUCCAGUGCACAGAGAGAGAUGAGUUUUCCUACCAAGAGAUGAUCGCCAACCUCCCCCUGUGCAGCCACCCCUGCCCCAAGAAGGUCCUGAUCAUCGGUGGUGGAGAUGGUGGUGUGUUGAGGGAAGUGGUGAAGCACCCGUUGGUUGAGUCAGUGGUUCAGUGUGAGAUCGAUGAGGACGUCAUCACGGUGUCGAAGAAAUACCUCCCAGGGAUGGCCAAAGGGUUCUUCAGUCCCAAGCUCAUUCUAAAUGUGGGAGACGGCUUUGAAUUCAUGAAGCAGAACCAGGAUGCCUUUGAUGUCAUUAUAACCGAUUCCUCAGACCCAGUCGGCCCUGCUGAGAGUUUGUUCAAGGAGUCUUACUAUCAGCUGAUGAAGACAGCCUUGAGAAAGGGUGGGAUUCUCUGUUGCCAAGGAGAGUGUCAAUGGCUCCAUUUGGAGCUGAUAAAGGAAAUGCGGACCUUCUGCAAGACCCUAUUCCCUGUGGUGGACUAUGCCUACUGCACCAUCCCCACUUAUCCCAGUGGCCAAAUUGGCUUCAUGCUCUGCAGUAAAAAUGCCGAAACAAAUUUCCGGGAACCGGUGAGAGAACUGUCAAAAGAUGAGGUCGAAAGAAUGAACCUUAAAUAUUACAAUCCAGAAGUCCACAAAGCCUCAUUCAUCCUCCCUGAGUUUGCAAGAAAGGUGCUUAGUGAAGCUUGAACGGUGACAACAGACCACCCUGCACAUCCUUGACCUGGCUGUCUGACAAUAGAAAUCUUAACCUUGUUCCAUAGCAGCUGCACCUCCUUAAUACUCAAAACUGUCCAGGCCCACUGGAGAGAGGAUCUGUUGAAGAUUUUAUGGGUGGGAGGAAGGGAGGGUGCUGGGUUGUACUGAGAAAGUGUUAAUUCCUUCCAAUGCUUCCCUCCUUUCAGUCUUAUGUACUCCUUGUAUGUAUUUCAUUCUCUUUUUUUUUUUUGCUUUUGGUUUUUCUUUUGUAUAAUUGUCAGUUGUCUUAUAUUCUGUCAGUCAUCUAUUGACCUCCUACGAAGAACAAAUGGAUGGGUUCGGCUGAGUGGAAAGGGCAACGCCAUCACACCUGACCUUAGGCUAGGUCCACACUAAGCCAAGUAAACAUGAAAACACUUUUAUUUCCAGUGUUGCCCUUCCAUUUGCAUUUUACGCCCACAAAAACUGGGCUUUUCUGAAAUGAUUUUCAGCGUGUGUAUGUUUAAAAAUGCCUGUCUGGCGUUGUAGUGUGGAUGCAGAAAUCUGACCUUUAUGAAAAGGCUAACAAAAAAUUGUCAAUGUGAUCUUGGUAACCGUUUCAUAUCAAGCGUGCUUGGGCCAUGCAUAUAGGCCCGCGCUGCUUGAUGGGGAACCAGGGAAAAUAGACCCUGAAAAUGUUAGUGUGGUGUUGUGCAACAUUAAAGUGGCCUUUCAAAUUUAUCCUGCUUAGUGUGGACAUAGGCUUACUCUCAAAAGCCACCCACCAUCAGAAUAAUUUAAGCAUAGUGCACACAUAUAUAUUUGUAACAUAUUGCUACCUUUGACUAGUAACGGUUUUAUUUCAGUUAAUUCGCUCAUAGGUAAACACAAACUUAGCCAUCAGUUUUAAUUGUACAUCAACAGUACUAAUGUGUCCUCUAAAACAUGAGCCCAAUAGUGCCUGAGAUUGGAUGUUUCAUUGUUAAGAGAAACAUUGCUCUGUGUCUCCAUUACUGUGUACCAGGCGUAUGUCAGAGUAGAAAGCUCAGGUCUCAAAUAUUGAGAAAUUUUUCCCUUUAAAGUGUCUGUGGUUGUCACCCAUUUAAAACAAUAGGAAUUAAGCUGGUGUUGUACAUUGCCCUUCAAAUAGGUAUGGGAGACUGUACUGUUGCGGUAUUAAAACUACUGUACCUAAUAUAGACUUCAUAAAUGUGUUAUUGGAGUUUUAUGAUCUAAUAAAUGACUUUUUCCAAAUUAUUAGCAAAUGUAAUAUGCAGUAUACAGUAUACUAGCAAUAGCCUGUACGCUGAAGGAUUACUGCUUGAUGUCAUGAAGUUUUUUCUGAAUGGUUGCCCUUGUUUCUUUUUUUCUGUGAAGUUUCAGUGACACCCUGGCUUUGAUGUUCUUUUUUUGUUUGUUUUUGAAGGGAAUGGGUCCUGUUUGGAAUUUAUUAUGACAAUAGCUGUUGUAAAAUACUGGAAAUGAAAUAUUAAUGGAUCAUCUAUCAGUUGUAAAUCAAUGUUAAAACUAUGUUGGGAAAUAGUGUCUCACCUGAGCAGUGGAAUCAUGUUUUUAUAAGAAUAUUGAAAUGUAAUAAAUCAAUGACAUGAAAUGA